GAGAGAGAGAGAGAGAGAGAAUGGCUUCUGCGGCUGCUGUGGCCGCGCGUUUUCCGUCGAUUGAGAAAUGCGACACCUCUGGUGAGAAUCGUCGCUCUAUAGCGGCGGACCUGGACGGGACCUUACUCAUCUCCCGUUCCUCCUUUCCUUACUUCAUGCUCGUUGCCAUCGAAGCCGGCAGCCUUCUCCGCGGCUUGAUCCUCCUCUUAUCGUUUCCCCUCAUCGCCGUCGCCUACAUCUUUGUUUCUGAGUCCCUUGCUAUCCAGAUGCUGAUUUACAUUUCCUAUUCAGGACUCAAAGUUCGCGAUAUCGAGCUUGUGUCGCGUGCAGUGCUGCCGCGGUUCUACGCUAAUGAUGUUAGGCCUGAGAGUUAUGAGGUUUUCGACAAGUGUGACAGGAAAGUGAUUAUAACGGCGAACCCUACGAUAAUGGUUGAGCCGUUCGUGAAGGAGUAUUUGGGGGGAGAUAAGGUGGUUGGCACGGAGAUUGAGGUGGAUCCGAAGACGAAGAAGGCAACAGGAUUCGUGAAGAAGCCUGGGGUGUUGGUAGGGAAAUGGAAGAAGUUGGGGGUGCUGAAGGAGUUUGGAGAGGAGAAGCCGGAUAUUGGGAUUGGAGAUCGGGAGUCUGAUCAUGAUUUCAUGUCCAUUUGCAAGGAGGGAUAUAUGGUGCACCCUAGCAAAUCAGCUAAACCGUUGCCACUUGAUCGCCUGAAAAGCCGACUGAUCUUCCAUGAUGGCCGAUUAGUCCAGUGCCCCACUCCACUCAAUGCACUAAUCACCUACAUUUGGCUCCCAUUUGGAUUCAUUCUCUCCUUAAUCCGUGUUUACUUCAACCUCCCUCUACCGGAGCGCAUUGUCCGUUACACCUACCCCAUGCUCGGUAUUAACCUUGUGAUCAAGGGCAACCCACCUCCUCCUCCCUCCGCCGGCUCCCCUGGCAAUCUCUACGUGUGCAAUCAUCGCACGGCCCUCGACCCAAUCGUCAUUGCAAUCGCGCUGGGGCGCAAAGUUUCAUGCGUGACAUAUAGUGUCAGCAAGCUCUCAAGGUUCCUCUCUCCAAUCCCAGCUGUGGCCUUGACACGUGAUCGUGAGGCCGAUGCUGCUAGAAUCAAGGCAUUGCUCCAGAAGGGCGACCUAGUUGUGUGCCCUGAGGGGACAACGUGCAGGGAGCCGUAUCUGCUCAGAUUCAGUGCUUUAUUUGCAGAAUUAAGUGACCGGAUCGUACCUGUUGCGGUGAACCUUAAGCAGAACAUGUUCCAUGGCACAACAGUACGAGGUGUCAAGUUUUGGGAUGCUUAUUUCUACUUCAUGAACCCCAGGCCGACAUACGAGAUCACGUUUCUCGAGAGGUUGCCAGAGGAGAUGACAUGCAAGGGGGGUGGGAAGUCGUCGAUUGAGGUGGCCAAUCAUGUGCAGAGGAUCUUGGCUGGUGCUCUUGGAUUUGAGUGCACUCAGUUGACUAGAAAGGAUAAGUACAUGCUGCUUGGUGGGAAUGAUGGUAAGGUGGAAUCAAUAUACUCCAAAAAAUGAAAUCAGAGGGUCAAAGAUGAAGUUAAUGAUGAGUGCAGGAAGGUCUUUAGGUCGUAUCUGUGAGGCUGAGGCGGACCGGGGGGUCAGAUAUUAUUUUGUCCACAAUUAAUAAUUGUGUAUGAAGCAAUUUUAUGAUGCAUUGAACUCUCUCUUUUUGUGCAUGAAUGGAGUCGUUUAGGGUAUAUGGUUGAUGCUGGUUGUUCUUGCAGUAAAUUAUUUUCAUUUUAUGAAAAAUAAGUAGUCUAUC